AUGGAAGAAAGAAGUAUAACCGAUGUAAGAAGUUAUAGAGGACCAGAUCUGGACACAGACCAUUUCUUAGUAGGUGUAAAAAUGAAGCAAAUAGUACCAGUUGCAAAAAACAGGAAGAACCAAGAACGCAAAAACUUAAAAACGUGUAUUAGAUUGAAAAAUGAGGAGGAGAGGAAGAUGUAUUUGGAAAUGGUGAAUGAUUGGGUAACAAGUGAAAGGCAAGAUACAGAAGAUAUAGAAGAUUUAUGGUUGAAUGUUAAAAAUGGAAUAAAAAAAGCGUCAUCACAAAGCACUCAAGAAACAGGGAAGGAAAAUAAAAACGAAAGAUGGUUUGAUAAGGAAUGUGAAGAAGAAUUAGAAAAAAGGACAACUUUAAGAUUGAAAGUAUUAAAAAAUGAAACAGAAGAAAAUUUAAUGGCAUACAAAGAACAGCGAAAAGUAUGUAAAAGGCUCUUAUGCGAAAAGAAAAGAAAAUAUAAAGAAAGACUAUUAGACGAGAUAAAAGAAAACUACAAAAAUAAAGAGAUAAGAAGUAUGUACCGGGUAUUGAAACAAGAAAAAAAAGGAUACCAAUCAAGUUCGGUGUUCUAUAAAAACGAAAAAGGUGAACUGGUAGGAAAUGAAGACAAAAUUUUAGAACUCUGGCAGAGGUACUUCGACGAACUCCUAAGUGGGGAAGAAAAUGGAGGAAUGAUAGAAGAAAAUUUAAACAAAGAAGAUAUACAUGGUGAAGAAGAAGAGAAAGCACCAAGUCUAAGAGAAGUAAAGGAAAUAAUGAAGAAAUUAAAAAAUAACAAAAGUCCGGGAGAAGAUCAAAUAACGGCGGAAUUACUAAAAUACGGGGGAGAAAAGCUAGAAGAAAAGAUACAGAAACUUUUAGAACAAAUUUGGCUGCAAGAACAAAUGCCACAAGAUUGGAACGAAGCUAUUCUCAUUCCAGUACAUAAAAAGGGGGAUAAGAUGAAAUGCUCCAACUAUAGAGGAAUAGCACUUUUGAAUGUAGUCUAUAAAAUUCUUCCGUCGUAUAUAAAAGACCAAGUAAUAAAAAAAGUAGAGAAGGAAAUUGGAGAGUACCAAGGUGGCUUCAGGGCGAACAGGUGGACCAGAUAUUUACACUACGUGAGCUACAAGCAGAAAGUUUUGAAUUUCAAACAAGCAUAUGAUAGAAUCAAGCGCCAAAAGUUAUAUGAAGCUUUAAGAGAACUAGGUAUGAAAAACAAGCUAAUAAAGAUGAUAAAACUCACCUUAAAAGACACGGACAAUAGAAUGGUUCGGACACGUUAUGAGAAUGAAGGAAGAAAGAGUACCCAAGAAAAUUUUGGAAAGUGGUAUAGGAGGGAAACGUCGACAAGGACGACCAAGAACACGGUGGAAAGAAGAUGUACUAAAGGACAUAGCAGAGGCGAAUAUUGCAAACUGGAGGAAGAAACUUAA